CCUGCGAAGGAGACACCGGCUGGCUGUUCCAGAGGCGGGGCGGAGCCUCUCCCGGCUUGCGGCGUUAUCUUGCCUGCCCUCACCUGCUGCUGGACGCUCAGCGGGGCAGAGACAGAUCUCUCUUUUUUUUUUUGCCUUUCCAGAGAGUUGUGUUUUUCGUCCGUUCUUUUUCUUAACUGAGCUUUCCGGGAAGAAAAAUGGCGACCAUCGAUGACCUACCCCCAGAGAUCCUGCUGUACAUCUUUAGACUGUUCCCCUCCUGGUGCCUCGUUCGCUGCUUCCGUUGGGUUUGUUGCCGGUGGCGCAACUUGGUGGACGCUUUGAACGCUCACUGGAAGGACAAGUGUGAACGGGCUGGCUAUCCCCUUGCCAUGUUGACUAGCCCCAGCCCGGACUGGGAGAUCUUCCACCUGCUCUGUCAGCUGAGGAAGAACAUAGUCAAGAACCCUUGUGGCAAAGAAUUUCUCCACUGGAAAAUUAAUGAGCAUCAGGAGCGCUGCUGGACUGUGGUGGAACUGUCGAAAGAGGAAUAUCCCCUGGAGCAUGUUGCGACAUGCUUUAUUGCAUUUAAUGGGCCUGACACAAAAAGUCAGCGCAUCACCUUGAAGGACCAUGGCUAUUCGGAUGAGUUGAUGGACUACGUGAGGCCUCAUAUUGUGGUGCAGGACUGGUCUGACGUUCUUUAUCCUAAUCCCCGCUACAACUAUGUGCUGACCGUGAAGCUGUUGUCUGCAGAUUUCAAAGCCCUCUAUACAUGUUUUAUCUCGAACGGGGAGGUAAUGAAAAACGGCACGAGAAACUGGAAAGAGACAUCAUACACUUUUCGCAACUACACAGCCGGAAUCCGCCACAUCCAGUUUGAACACGGAGUGGACGACGGGAAGCUCUCCAACAGCACCGUCACCAUCGGCCCAAACUUCCCCUAGAAGAGGCAAACGCCCUAAAAGAGGGGGAAGUGUCACCUACCUGGUGGAGCAUCUCAGGAUUUAAGCAAGCCCCAGUUGUGAUCCAUCUGUGAAACCUUUUCUCUGACGUUGUGUUCGCAUUUUUAAAGUUGCCUUAAGAUUUUAUUAAAGGAAAAGCUUUUAUUUUUAAAGAAAA